CAAUCACUGCAAGCGAGCGUUUAGGCUUCUGAAGGAUGUGGAUAUGAGAGACUUGCUUGGGCAAAAUUGCACCCCGGAGUUGCAGUGGAAGAAACUAAUCAGUGGUUUCAUGUGAAAAUCUUGGUACAGACAUUCCCCAAGAGCUAUAGCAAUAAUUGAUUCCUUACAUGAUGACUGCUAGAUGCCAGCUCCCACCCGAUCGGUGGUAUCGAAGCGGUUGGGUUGCUCCAACUCGGCUCGAUAGUAAGGGUUGACGUUGAGCUGCCGUUUGUACCACGCGUCCGUCUUGAGUAACCUCUCUACUGGAAUGACGACAUUUCCUGUGGUACCCUUCGUGUUGGCCACUGCGCUUGCUGUGAAUGGAGCCCGUUCCCGCAAACUAUCGCCGUCGGGUGCCGCCACGGCCUUCGUCGUAGGCUUUCUGGUCAUGGCGGCACCUGUCCGUGCCAUAGGUGUAACCCUCAUCACAUUCUACCUGCUCGCCUCGCGAGCUACAAAAUACGGGAAGAAACGCAAGGCGCAGCUGGAAGAAGGCUUUCAGGACGCUGGUUACCGUACCGGCUGGCAGGUACUAUGUAACUCGAUAGCUGCAUUCAUCGCUUCAAUCAUAUGGAGUGUGACGUUUACACCAAACGUGCUGCCAUGGUCCUUGCUGCCGUCCUGUUCUGUCCCGUUGAAGGUCCACUUGUAUGACACUGAAAGCUGGUGCCCCUUUCGGGCGCUCCUCUUUAUCGUCCUGGGUCAAUUUGCCUGUUGUCUAGGAGAUACGCUAGCUUCGGAGCUGGGUAUACUCUCAACCUCUCGGCCGAUCCUGAUUACGACGCUGAAACCUGUACCUCCGGGAACCAACGGUGCCAUUUCCGUCGGGGGCACCCUCGCAUCGGUGGUGGGCGGGUGCGUGGUGGGACUGACGCUCUUCGCGAGCCUGGUCGCCGACUGGAUGGGUAUACUGCCCUCGCUGGUACUCUGGGGCACCGCUGCGGGAGUCCUCGGGUCAAUGCUGGACUCGUUCCUCGGAGCAACCAUCCAGCGCACACGGUACUCUGUGGACAGUAAGCGGGUUUUGCAGGAUGCGUCUGUCCCCCGUGACAAGGAGUCGAUCAAGGUGAUCGGCGGGUUAAACCUGCUGACCAACAAUCAGGUCCGCCCAGUGACAUCUACUUAAGUGAACCUAAUUUCUUCCGUGGCGACGGCGGUGGUAGUUGCGUUGCUUGCCUAGCACGACCAAUGCCAUCGGUUUGAAGGUGUUCCUUCCCUACAUAUGUACAUUUUUCUAGAUGUGACCUGCCUUGCUUGAUAUGGGACCUGUGUGUUAAAUUGAUAGUUCACGUG